AUGUUUCCACCGGAGUAUCCGCCACCAGUAUUGUUGACGACUUUUUUCGGUGUAGCUGUAGUUCGACCAUCGCAUAUAAGCACCGGCGCGUCGGCCGAGUUCAUCACAUUCAGUGAAUAUGCAAGAAGCUCUAGGCUGGUACGGUCUCUUAGUCUUGAAGAUAUGUCUCCGAAGUAUCUCGCGCUGGGUCCAGAGGACUCAGAACGUAUACCUGAAUUUUCUCCAGAGGAACCGUCUAGUAGACAACGCCCCUCAGGCGAUCCCGACUGGGAAGACUAUGAAUUAAAUCACCAAAAAUAUCCCCGCCAGUAUCUUGAUCACGUCGACAACCCACUGGGCCCAAGGAUAGAGAACGGUGCGAUGGCAAUAAGAUCUGACGUUGAGAUUUCUAGUUAUACCUUCUGGACUCGUGGCUCAAGUUACGGUGACUCGAUGCAUCCAAGGAAAUUCCCGGGUAGAACUCAAAAUAUGAAGUAUGCAAAGACAAGAGGCCGCACGGAGACUCCUGUGUAUUUAAAGGCCAAAGAACAUCGUAAGAUGGCCAUGUUAAAGAAACGGAGUGUCUCUCCAAGGCAAUCUGAGAUGCAGUUCGGAAGAAAAAUCCCACAGGUGUGCGAACAUGCGGGUAGUCCUGCCAGGCAUAGUCAAAUGGAAAAGGAAAGCUCGCAGAGGGCCCCCUUAACGGAUGAAGAACGGAGUAGAAUCAAUGCUUACCAGUUGUCUCUGGGUUUGAAGAACAUUCCCCUCAAUUUCCUUCCUCUUUCAGGGUCCUCAUAG